AUGCCAACAAGAGUUAGGUCAAAGCGAGUACAUCUUUCCCUUGAAUGCGUAGGUGGUGUCGUGCAAAAAAACAAGAAAGUUAAUGUUUAUGAAACUGAUGAAAGAGGCACUGAAAGCGUCCUGAGCACGCCUUCCGCGCUCCCCUUAACGAGCUUCAUCCCUUCGCGAUGCCCGUUCGCUGGACUUUUUCAUCUCGUAAAAUGCCGUCUGCAGCAUUAUUUUCCGACGUGGCAUAGCCUUAUAAAGCUUGUAUUCCUCGCACGCGCAGAAACUGGUCAAUGGGAGAGGCAUCUCGCACCAGCGCAUCUGAGUGCGUGUUGCCUUUCCUCAUUGCGUGCAUGA